AUGGCAUUGGCAUACUUGCUCAACCAACUUGGCACGGUAUAUGAGAUGCACAAGAUCUCUGUCCAGCCAUUCGCCUUCAUCGUCAACCACAAUGCUCGGAAAGAGAGUACCGAAGAAGCCAACUACGUUCACUCCCAAUUAUGCCAGCUUGGUGUCGAGAGCAAGAUACUCGAGAUCCAGUGGCCUAACACCAAUGACCCUGCGAGUACCACCGAUUUCGAGCUGAAGGCUCGGCGGGCUCGAUAUCGACUGAUUGCAGAUGCAGCAAUUCAAAGGGAGAUCAAUCAUCUUUUCCUGGGGCAUCAUCAAGACGACCAAGUUGAAACAGUUUUGAUGCGUCUAGUGCGGAACUCUGGGACCUCAUUUCUUGGAUUACAAGGAAUGUCACAGUAUAGCACGAUACCCUGUUGUGAAGACAUUAGGGGUGCAAACGAAGUGAAAGAAUACACGAAUUCUACGCAGUGGCUACACCUUGUCGGAAGCCAAGUAAAUCGAGAGACAGUGAGCUCGAACGCUAUCAAUUAUGGGAAAAAUGUGACGCCAUCGGCACCAGGCGGGCUACGGAUAUAUCGACCACUUCUUCCAUUCCCAAAAUCUGCAAUCAUUGAUUUCUGCAACACGAACCGAAUUCCCCACGUCCAGGAUACAACAAACUAUGACCCUACACUGACGCUUCGGAAUGCUGUGCGGUAUAUGAGAAGCCACUACGUCUUACCGAAGGCCUUGCAGGGACCGUCCAUCCUCGAACUUCGGCAGUCGUCCUGUCGCUCUGUCGCUUCCCUUGUGGCACGAGGAGAACAGAUUCUUCAAGGACUUAGAGUGCUUGCCUUCGAUCUACGAUCCGGCCGCAUGACUGUACAAGUAUUAUCUGCUUUUGUUUCUUCAUGCGAGUCUGAUCCCGAAGCUGGGGCUUUUGCAUUGGCGAGGCUGACGAGUGUGGUGAGUCCACAAUCGAGAGAUGACGGGCAAACCCUCGUACCGCGGCAUAAUCUGGAGCAGUUCCUAGACAAGAAUCGGUCACAUUCGCAGGAGCGGGUGACCAUACAGCAGGUCUUGUUGGAGAAAGUGGACACGAAACUAAAUGCGAGCAAACAAUCGUGCACAUUUUCCCCCAAAAUUAAACGACAGAGCGAUUUCGGCAGGAAUUCGGCCGAUGAAGGAGGCACUGUCUGGACACUGUCGCGUCCACCAAUGCGUCUGACAGAACUUACGCUUACUACAAGGGGCUUCUCUCCCCGUCCGCGCCCAAGCCGAGUCGGGAAUGAGGGUGCGAAUCUGACUGCCCGGGCGAAGCUCACCAAGAAACACCGGCAGGCAGAGCUUUGGUCGGAGUGGAUACUCUGGGACCAUCGAUAUUGGGUUCGUGUACGAACCGAAAAUGCCAAAGCGCUUUCUCAAGUCCAUAUUCGCGCUUAUACCGAGUCUGAUGUACAAAGGGUCCACGCAAGGCUCCUGAACACGAGCUCAGAGCUCCAGUCCAUUCUGGCAGAAGCAGGGCCUGUUUCAGUCUUCCCAACAUUGAACAUCACUGUGGACAAGGGGGAUCCAAUGACCGUCCACCCAAUUCAAGAAUGGGAAAUCUGCUACAAGGUCAUUGAUCACCGAUUUAUCAAUCAGAAGCGAGAAAUGAUCGAGUGGAGGAAUGCACAGGUGAACCCCCGCAAUCCAGUCAAUUCCUCUGUCAGAUAUAUCGCAGAACGAGCCGAGAAAAGCACAGCGAACUCGAAGCAACGGUGA